AUGUCGAAAACCUCGUCUUUUACAAGAAAAUUGGUAGAAAAAGGAUGCAUAAAUCAUUCAACGGAUACCCUUUCGCCAGAGGUACGCCGUAAAGUCGAAGAAAAUCUGAGCCGUGCACCUUCCAUGCAGUCGUUACGUGGAUCCAUAGGAAAUCUUGCCGGCUGGCGGGGCUCAGCUAUGAACCUUACGGACACUCCAAACCUUAGUCGCUUCAGAAGUUUGAAUCCCAAUUUCCGUUCCUUCAAUAUGAAGAAAACCACGGAGAAGCAGCAAGAGGUCAUUGAUCGCUUGAGUCAACUAAGGGAAAAUUUGCGAUCCAGCGAGAACUUUGUGGAUCGUGGAAUCAUCCCCAAACGCAAUAAUAAUUUGGCUUCUCCCGCUGUGAUUAAGACCUAA